ACAACAUGGCGUCGUCUAUGCUGCCGUUAUUGCUUCUCAUUAUCGUUGCAACUUUUUUCAUCAAGCAAAUCAAACUACUGUCAGUGCUGAAAGUCGAAAGCGACAGCAAUCCAAGAGCCCGUCGAAUUUACUUGUGGAAGAAGCCAUGAUGGACAAUUUAAUAGACGCGACGACGGGAACGGAAGGUCCACUAACUGCCUUGACGGUGACAGACAAGGGCAUUGGCUUUUACUUGUUCACUCGUGAAAAUCCAAACGAGCCGGUGAUUCUUGACGUCGAUGAUAUCGGCAGUUUGAGAAGCGCCAAUUUUAACAGAUCAGCGCCCACGAAGGUAUUGGUGCACGGCUGGAUGGAUAGCGGGAGUAGCUGGUGGAUGCACGAUUUCAGACGGAAUUACCUGAACAGCGGCUACUACAACGUAAUCAUAGUCGACUGGUCUUCCGGCUCGUCAAAAGAAUACUUAAUAGCUGCGAGAUUCGUCAAGCGAGUAGGCUAUCUGGCGUCUCGACUCUUGGAGUACCUGAUAAUGGAAGGCAUCGCAAACCCGGACAAUAUCCACAUCCUCGGGCACAGUCUCGGCGCUCACGUAGCCGGCCUCGUCGGGAGCAAUUUGGCGGGCAGACUGGCGCGUAUCACAGGCAUGGACCCUGCGCGACCGGACUUCGAAGCGCCGCUCGUGCGAGACCCCAGGGAAAGGCUGGAUCCGUCGGACGCCAAGUUCGUCGACGUUAUACACACCUGUGCGGGCACUGCUGGCUUCGUCAGACCACUCGGACACGCCGACUUCUAUCCCAACGGUGGCAGCUUCCGACAGCCAGGUUGCCCGGUGCUCAUUGCGCAGUCAUGCAGUCACGGACGCUCGCAUCAAUUCAUGUCCGAGUCAAUCGUCAAUCCGCUGGCUUUCCCCGCUGUCGAAUGUAGCGGUUGGCGAAAAUACAAAAUGGACAGAUGCGACAAAACAAAAAACCGCGUUGCUUUUAUGGGCGAGAAUCUUAGAUCCAGUGUUCGGGGAGUCUAUUUCCUCGAGACGAAUGCUGCGUCCCCUUUUGGCAAAAAGACACUAUGAGUUGUUGAUACAAUUUAAUAAACGCAUUUUUAAUACUGUUUUUUAACUCGUUUAUUG